GUAGCCAAAAAUAUUGUGAAAUUUAAACUUGAACUUGUAUGCUCAAAACAAAAUAUUAUGACGAAUAAAUUAAUUGUUUUACCUUUGAACACGAUCUAAUGAUUCUCAUAUCUAAUGAGACGAAGUUUAUUUGUUACUGCCGCGCUAUACAAACAAUACGGCGAGAUGUCCACCGCGACCGCAAAAAUUGUAAAUCUAAACGACUGGAAGUUUAAACAUCCACCUUCUUACGCAAAACUGCCUAUUGACGAUAAUCCAGAGUACAACGUACCUGUUGCUGUAAAAAAUGCUGUGUUUUCUAAAGUACCUACAGAGCCACUGACUGGUAAAUUGCGCCUUGUGUGUGCAUCAGAAAAUGCCCUCUCCGAUAUCCUAGAUCUUGAUCCGAAAGUUGCUGGAACAGAAGAGUUUAUCGACUUUGUGGCCGGUAAACAUGCUGUAGAAGGUGGUCUCACUGUUUGCCACAGGUAUGGUGGACACCAGUUUGGGUUCUGGUCUGAUCAACUUGGAGAUGGUAGAGCUCAUAUACUUGGGGAGUAUGUUAACAGCAAAGGCGAAAGUUGGCAGCCACAGCUCAAGGGUUCGGGGGAGACACCCUACUCCAGGUUCGGUGACGGGCGCACGGUGCUUCGCUCCUCGCUGAGGGAGAUGGUGGCCAGCGAGGCCUGCUACCAUCUCGGUAUACCCACAACCCGGGCUGGAGCGCUGGUGGUGAGCGACGAUCACAAGGUGUGGCGGGACAAGACGUACAGCGGGCACGCGCGGCCGGAGCGGGCGGCGGUGGUGCUGCGCCUCGCCCCAGCCUGGUACCGGCUCGGCUCGCUCGAGAUACUGCAGCGACGGCAGGAGGUGGACCUCAUGCGGCGACUGGUGGACUUCAUUGUGGAGCACCAUUUUCCACACAUAACUGGUGAGGACAAGUAUGUGAAGUGGUUCUCCGAGGUAGCGCACCGCAAUCUGGAUAUGGUCGCCACUUGGCAAGGCGUGGGCUUCACUCACGGCGUGCUCAACACAGACAACAUCAGCGUGCUCGGCCUGACCAUAGACUACGGGCCGUACGGGUUCCUGGACCACUACUACGGUAGCUACGUACCCAACUCCUCCGACGAUAUGGCCAGAUACGCGUUUGAUAAGCAGCCGCAGAUAGUAAUAUGGAACCUGCAGAAGUUUGCAGAGGCACUCGCUCCCAUACUGACGGACGAACAGACAGAGAGCAUCAAGGAAAUAAUAGCAGGGCUCGAAGACUAUGUUGGAGAUAAGAUUUUACACACGUACCUACGGAAAUUGGGGCUGACAGACACUCGGGCAGGGGACGUGAAACUGGUUGGCGAACUGAUGAUAAUGAUGCAGCAGACCACUUCCGACUUCACUGCCACCUUCCGACAGAUGGGAGAGGUUGAUAUCAGUGAUCUGGGUGACAGCAGCGCUCUGGAGUCCAAGUGGUCGUUGGCCAAGAUCAGUCAGGCCAAGGAGUGGGGUAGCUGGGUCGACAAGUACCGACGGCGGCUUACGGACGCUGCUGUUAAUGAAGAGCAACGGUGCACCACAAUGAGCAAAGUGAACCCCGUCUAUGUACCGAGAAAUUGGAUUCUGCAGGAAGCCAUUGCUGACGCUGAAAACAAUGACUUCACUAAGGUGAGAUUAUUAUUGAAGAUCUUCGAGAGACCUUACGAAAUUAAUGAUGAAGCAGAGAAGCUGGGUUACUCCGCGCAGCCACCCAGCUGGUCAUAUGGACUUAAAUUGAGCUGUUCCAGUUAAGCACAAGUUAUUUAGAUAUGCAGAAUGUUAUAUGUACCUAUGUUAUAAUUUAUUUACAAGAUAUUAUUUAUACACCUUAAAUGUUA